CUCAAUUCUAAGGCGCAGGAGAGUUCUGUCGAGUGAAGUUGUAGAGAGCAAAGAGAGAAGCUUAACCGAGCAAACAGAGACAUUAGCAAAAGCCUUCAUACAUCCUGCAAUGGAGGUCGGAAGAAACCUAGUUUCUUCAGCUUCACUGUUCCCUCCAAGAACCCAACUGAAAAAUUCUUCUUCCUCAGGUAUGCCUGUUACUUUGCUUCAUGAGCAGGCAAAUCCUAUAGUUGUCUCUAUGCCCACUACAUCCAUAACUCGUCACUUCCCUGCAUCGGUUCUUCUCCAAGAACAGCGUGAUGACAUUAGACCUUUUCUGCAAAUAAUCAGGGAAGAUAAAACAUCCCAGGCAAUGCUGGACAGGAGGAAGCUAGAGGAUAAGGUGCAUCUCUAUGAAGAAAAGAAAAGUUGUCAACCUGAUAGAUAUUGGGAAGGUUUUGAACGCCAGUUGCUUUACUGGCCUGGUUUAUGGUAUUUAUUGCCAUCCUUGUACAAAGGGGAAAAACCCUUGUUAUCCAUGGUAACACAGUCUACUGCUGCUGGCACAGUUAAGAAUGUGGAUGUUAGACCAUGUGAUGCACUUGAGCUUGCAAAGAAAGCAGUGUUGGCCUCAAAGCAAGCAGCUUCAUUGGCCAAAGACUAUGAGUUAUUUGGAGCUGAUUCACAUGAAUCUUUUCUGCCUGAUUUGGAGCCCAGAAAUUUGGCGAAUAAAAUUCCACUUAGAGAGGAGGUAGCAGUAAGGUCAAAACGGCUUCUGGAGAGGCAAUCCAAGAGAAGAUGGAUUCCAAGGCCAAAAGUUGUUGUCAGUGAGGCUUCAACUUCCAGAAAGUCUGAUAUACAUAAGAAGAUACAUGAAGGCUUUGAUACAAAUGAUCCCCUCCGUCUGUUCUUGUGGGGUCCAGAGACAAAACAGCUUCUGACUCCAAAAGAAGAAUCUGAGUUGUUUGUUCAUGUUCAGGAACUGAUCAGAUUAGAGGAGGUGAAGCAGAGGCUUCAGUCUCAAUUUGACCGUGAACCAACAUUAGUUGAAUGGGCUGAGGCUGUUGGAAUGACUUGCCAGUCUUUGCAGUCAAUCCUUCAUUCAGGAAAUAGCAGCCGAGAAAAGAUUAUUUAUGCCAAUUUCCGUUUGGUGGUUCAUGUGGCUAAACAUUAUCAAGGGCAGGGUCUGAACCUUCAGGAUUUACUGCAGGAGGGAAGUAUGGGCCUUAUGAAGAGCCUUGAGAAGUUCAAACCACAAGCUGGUUGCCGAUUUGCUACAUAUGCAUACUGGUGGAUAAGGCAAGCGAUUAGGAAGGCCAUAUUUCAGAAUUCCAGAACAAUUCGUUUGCCAGAGAAUGUAUAUAGCCUCUUGAGUCAAGUAAAGAAAGCAAAGAAGCUGUUUAUUCAAGAAGGUCAUCAUCCCACGAACGAGGAACUGGCAAAACGUGUUGGCAUUACAGUUGAGAAGUUGGAAAGAUUGUUUAUGUCCACAAGAAUGCCUCUAUCAAUUCAACAACCAGUGUGGGCAGAUCAAGAUACCACUUUUCAAGAGAUCACAGCAGAUACUGAGGUGGAGAAACCAGAUCUAUGUGUUGCGAAGCAGCUGAUGAGACGCCAUGUGCGUAACCUUAUUAGUAUUCUCCCCCCAAAAGAAAGGCGGAUAAUACGGAUGAGAUAUGGAAUCGAAAACAAUGAACCGAAAUCACUCCAAGAAAUUGGGUCUAUUUUUGGAUUGUCCAAGGAGAGGGUACGGCAGCUGGAGAGCCGUGCCUUGCACAAACUCAAGCAGUGCCUCUCAAGCCAGGGGCUUGGUGCUUAUGCAGAUUUACUUGUUUAAAAACAUAGGUUUUCAUAGCCUUUCAGCAAGGACAUGAAGUUGGUUUUUGGAAUCUGUAGAGCACUUUGAGUUUGUAGUCUGUAACUAUUGUAUAUAUAAAUCUCUCUCUCUCUCUCUCUCUAGCAAGAUAAAACUCCUAUACUGGUGGUAGCAUACCAGCCUGUGAGUAGAGAAAUACAAGAGACAUGGAAGUAAGAGAGGAUAACUUGGCACCGGAAAGCCUUUUACCCA